AAGAAGUUAACGGAACCUACAUCCAUCUACUGGAGUAGAUUUAUAGUUGCGGUUAUUUUGUUUGCACUCAUAGUUGCGUAUUUUAUCAUAGGGGUCAUUGAUAUAAUGAAUGAAGUUCCAACAAUUCGUCUAUGGUCAUACCAAAGUCUCAACAUUCCAGUACCAUACACAUCUGGUGGCAACCUCACUAGAAGUGUUUGUGCGGAUACAUUCACUUGGACCAUAGGGGAUGAUGUUUCUACGUCGGGAUAUUUCUUUCCGAAUUCGACACAAAACUUUGUUUUCUUUCCCACUCAAGCGAAUUCCAAUGUUGUGCUUAGAGUAAUAUCCGGAAGUAAUUCAUCCAUUAAUAGUGCUGAAACCCUUACGGAUUUGACAAUAUCUCUCUAUGAUCAAAGUUUAUCGCCCGUUCACUUUGUUACCACGGCUCCACAAGAACAAGGAUCUCCAAGCAACAGAACAUCAUUUGAUCAGACAUUUAUUACGUCUCUCGACUCCCUAAACGUUUACACGCUCGAAUAUAAUCGCGUUAGUUCCUUACCAAUUUCCGAUGCGGAAUUUGACCCAACGGUGUAUGCCACUAUUCAGAUAACCGCUCAAUCGUUUCGAACAAAUGUGCAACAAGAAAUAAAAGAUAAAACGGCGUUGACCUUAUUGGGUUUAAUGGGAGGUCCUCUCGCAAUCGCCGCUUCGUUAUAUUACUUCCUAUUUGGCGACGCAAAAAUGUACCCUUGGGGAUUCAUUCAUAACUUUGGAUGCUGCCUCUCGGUAUCCGCAAGAAAAGAGCUAAGGAAACACUUUGAGAGAAAUGCAGGGGAUGAAACUUUUCAACCCAUCAUGUCAUCAUCACAAGUCCAAGAAUUGGAUGAGAUUAAUCUAGUAUUAAGAGAUUAUGUGGUGGAUAUGGGAUUUCUGGAUCAAUCGGUUAAAUUCAAAGGCAAAAAUGCGGGUGAUGUCAAGAAGGGUGAUCUUUGA